CGUUCGCGUCGGGCGUGUUGUGUUUUGGUUGGAAUGGCAUAUAUUGUAACAAAAGAUUUUUUGUUAAAUAUGUAAAUCUUAACAUAAAACGUGCGUAGAAUAAGAUAAAGACUCUUUAUAUUCAAGUGCCUGUUUUGUCUUUCUUAUAUUUGGAACGUUUCUCUUACGACUUCUUAUCGACCCGAAUCUGUGUUUAUUUAUAUAUUUUAUAGUGCGGGUAUAUUUGUGUGUUUGUUUUGCAAACAAAUAGUUUAUCUCGUGCAAAAAUCUCUUAACUGCCUUACUUUGUGAUAAUGAAUCUUUGAGAAGAAGAAAAAUGAGUGGGUGCGCCGGCAAAAUGUGGUGUGCAGUAUUGUUUUGUGCCUUGGUUGGUGGUGUAGCGGGGCAGUCGUGGUUAACAAACAUAACUGAUAAUCUUCGAGAUGGGCUCUCCAGGGUGCUGGAGACGUCUGUUGUUAAUUACUCGACGCCUGUGAUCAACGCAACUUAUGUGGCGAAGGUGGAAUUCGACAUGCGCGCUAUGGGACACCUUUAUAACUCGAGUCAUAUUAUCCUUGAUAUAAUAUCUCGAAAACAGGCGUACCCAGAAGGCAUCGUCUCCGUCACCGAUGGCCACAUCAACAUCGCGAAGAUCCAGGAUAAGUGGAAGCCGCUGCUAGCGCAUUACGCAGGACCAGUCUCUGUUAUCGUUGUAGUGGUGCUGUUAAUCGCGAUACUACCGCUUACUGGGUUGUUUUGGUGCUGCUGUCAAUGGUGCAAGUCUGGUCACAGGAGGAGGCCGUUCGAUAGAAAAUACGAUGCGUGUCUCAAAGGAAUAUUGGCUAUCGUGCUCAUUGCAUUCCUUACGCUAUUCCUAUUCGGAGUGGUAGGCGCUUUCGCUACAGACUCCCAGAUGGACACAGGUGGCUCAAACGUAGUGGACACGGUGCAGGCGAGCGUGCGUGAUGCGCAAGAGUUCCUGAACGCGACACAGGCGCACUCACGGCAUUUACUAGUCACUAACUACCAAGAGCUCGAGGUGGAGCUGAAUGAAAUGUUAACAAGUAGCGGUCAAACAGUGCUCCGUGUGCUAGAUGACUUUACGAGUGCCACAUCGGUUCAGAAGUUGAAUGGAAUGGUGCAGCAAUUAGAUAGAGUGCCGGAUGACCUGCGGGCGGUGCAGAAAUCUACUGCGGCGUUGAGGAGCAAGGCGGAGGAUUUGGAUUCUGGUUUGCGUCAGGUUAAAGCCUUCUUGUACAAAACCCUGUCGGAUUGUCACGAAAAGGAGUGCGUAAAGUUACAAGAAAAACACAAGAUUGGACAAUUGGGAACAGAAAUUCAGUACAAUUUGAUGCUUGACAAAUAUUUCCCUACGAUUCCCGACGUAUCCGAGCUCCUCUCAAACGUGACACAACUACUCGAGAGUAACAUCAAAGACGACGUCGCCGCGGGCCUCGAAGUGUUCAACGGUAUCAAGAAGACCGUCGACCAGCACAUACCGCGCGUGCAGGAAGCUAUCACUGAGACUGGUCGCAAACUCGCAUCAGUAGCUGACGAUAUAACGUACAAGGCGGGCAACCUGAGCGAGCAGCUGGGCCGCUCGAAGUCCCAAACUGAACGUCUGCGGCGCGGCUACUCGCGCGUCGGCCCCUACCGCCGGUACGCGAGCGGGGCCGCCGCCGCGCUGCUGCUGCUGAUAGUGCUAGUGAUGUCGUGGGGCCUGCUGUGCGGUGUGUGCGGCAAGCGGCCCGAUGUGUAUGGAGCUAGUGAUUGCUGCAAUAAGGGCACUGGAGCGUCUUGUUUGCUGUGUGGAAUUGCGCUAACUCUGUUCGUGGGAGGUGUUAUUGCAUUGAUGAUUCUCAUCUACUUCGUAGUGGGCGUGGCCGCGCAGAGAUUUGUCUGCGAUCCGCUUACUGAACCACGUGAAAACCGCGCAUUUGAAGAUAUAGAGAAAUUCGUAGACCUCGAGUACAUGAUGUUCAACGAGCGACAGGAUCCGAGCUUCAACAUGACCUCUAUUUUAGUUGAUUGCCACCAGAAUAAGACAGUUUACGAGGUGUUCCACCUGCACCGAGUCCACGAUCUAGAAGCGGUUAAAAAGGAAGUGGAAGGGCAGUUAAGUCGCCGCGUGUCUUCGCUUCGAACGGACUACCCUCCACGUGGUCGGCCAUUGCGCAUACUGAAACCGGCAGCAAGGGAGAAGUUAGAUAAGUUAGCUGAAACUGGCCUGUCGGACUUCAACUUUGAUAAGAUUCUGGAAGCGCUGGAGACGAAUAUGACUUCCCUACCUCUAGAGACCCUAUCAGCACAACUUCAAAGUACAGCUCGAGCACUAUCUAGUAGAGCUGGUUAUGCAGAAGUAGCGAGGAAUUUACGUCAAGCUGCGGAAAACCUGGAUAGAUUGCAGAGGGACAUAGUGGUGCCCAUGAUUGAGCAUACGCAUCAGCUUAAUAAAACUGCAACGGAACUACGCGACGUGUUACGCUUCAAUCAGUCUUCGUUGAAGGAGGCUAUCCAAUACCGCAUCAGGGACACCACAGAAGUGGAAUUGUUCCUCAACACACAGGGUCCUGACCUCGUACAGAAUUUGACGCGUGAGUUCGCCGAGGUGGUUGGCGAGCGUCUCCAAGAGUACCUGUCGCGCGUGGUGCACGCAGCGCGCUCGCACGUGGGGCGCUGCGGGCCGCUGUCCAACGCGUUCAACGCCACGCGCGACUCCGCCUGCCGCGCCGUGCUGAUGCCCGCGAACGGGUACUGGAUCUCGCUGGCGUGGUGCGUGGUGCUGUUCGUGCCGCUGGCGGUGCUGGCGCAGCGCCUCGCGCGGCUCUACCGCCACCCGGACCCCUACCCGGGGCCGCUCGUUGAGGCCGAGUACGAGCCGAUGUGCCGUAGUCGCGGCUGGUGGCGGUGACGCGGCGCCAACUCGGGUAACACUAUACAUACCACCUCAAUACGCCAUACCAUACUCGAUACAGUACGUUUUACCUGACAAUAUUUAGAUCGAUGAGUGAAAAGAGGGAAAAAGAAACUUAUCUGCCUCGAAGGACCAAUUUGAAAGUUACUUUAUAAUAAAAUGGUAAAUCCGGCUCGAAGGACCAAUUUUCAAGUAAAUUACAUUCUUUUUAAACCGGCUUGAGGGACCAGAUUAUGCUUUGAAAUGUAUUCAUAAGAUAAAUAUUGUCAAGUAAAUAAGAAUGACUGUUGUAGAUCGUGAUGUGCGCUCUUUGACCCUACAGUGGCUUGCAUUCUCCCCUAGUUACCCAAUGGCUCAUUGGAAAUAAUACGAUUAACCAUAACUAAAUAUACAUAACUUUGGACACGGCUCUAUUGAAUUAGGUAGCAUAGAAACGAUGUAGGUUUUUAGUAUCAGUUUAGUUAAAUCCACGUGUCAUGCCUGAUUAAAAAGAAAGGAAUAGUUAUCCUCGAAUGCCUUUGAUUUGACUAGAGUUAGACUAGUUCCACAGACCUAAUGCAUGUGUUCCAAUGAGCCAAAGUGUAAUGUAUCGACAUGGUCGUCUCGUUGUUGUGAUGAGGUCCCCAGUAUAUAGACGUAUGGGCAUGUAACGCUACCUACAUUGCUUACGAUCCAUACAUUUUUGGCGGGUUUCCAUUGCGGGUAUCAUACGUCAGCCGCAAUGCAUCUGUUGCAUUUGUAAAUAAUCAUGAUAGUGGUAGAUGUGCCCUUGGUAUGGAUAUGUUUGUUUACCUUUAUUUUCCUUUUUUCAAUUCAUUCAUGAAAACACAAAUUUUAUUUCACAAAUUAACGUUAAAGACAUCAUUUGUAGAAAAAAGAAGAACUUAACCAUAUAACUUAGAUAUCUAUACAAUUUUUUAUGUUUUAUAUAUUUUUAAUAGUAAUUAAAAUAAGAAUAUUCUGUGAAUUUUUUCUGAAGGUUUAACAAUUGUUAUAUAAUCCAAUUUAUUGUGUCGUCCGAUUGGUUCACUCGCUAUGGAACUUAGUGAAUUCAAAUACAAGAGGUACCUAUUCUUAUUAUAGGCCAAAUUAAAUAUGACCUUUUACUAUUAUUGAACAAAUGGAACAUUGUUCCCUCGAUUAUUCUAAGUGUAACAAAUUACACUUACAACUGGCGCAGGACGCACUGGUAGUCGUCGGCUUAGGUUUAGCGUGCUUAGUAUAAAAAUAAAGCUUUGAGUAACGAUCUAUGAGUUCGCAUAGCGCGUGUCGACGCCCUGUCAGCCUUGUCUGUUUGUUGCAGCGAGUAUUUGUAUGACGCGUACGCGGACCGCGAUAACGUACCCCUUGCCAAGUAAGUGCCCUACACUAGCGACAUGCGACGUGGUUUUAGAGCUUCACGAUGACGAAUAGAACUUUCUAGUAAGAUGUUGAUGUUCAUAACCUUAGAAUUAAAGAAAAUAUGUUUGGAACGUCCUCGUGAAGCCUUAAACCAUAAUAAGCCCUUCACAUACCUCUGCUCCCUUGCCUUUUGCGCAUGCGCUAAUAUAACAUCCGCUUCGUAAGGUGCGCUCUCGACUUGUGAAAUGCGUAUCAAUUAUACUCUUGGAAUGACAUCGGGCGCGCACUUUAGUUAUUUAAUUUUCUUCUAAUCUGGUGUUUUGGCAAUUGGGUUUUUAAUGCACGUGUGAGUGAAUUUUGAAUUAAAUCGCAACAUACUGGAGGAGGGCUAUCUAAGAGAAAAAAUGUAAUCGACUAAUUGUAUAGAAAUGAAAUUGUAACUUGCAUGAUACAAUGGUUUACAAGGAAAACAUGCAUGUUAGCAAUCCCGCACGGCGACCAAAUAAAUACCCGAUUAUGUUACGUUCGAUUAUGUUGUUUUAUUUUUAUUUCGGUUAGGGACAUUCAUACAACGCAUAGCCGUCAUCGCUUAGCUAUGAUCGAUGGCCGAUGAUAAAGUCGCGCAUAGUGCAUAUGCGCGGUUUUGAUUGAUGUUUGUGUGGGCGGGGCGUGCGCAGAGGGUCGAAGCGUAGCACGCUGGACAUCGAGGGGAAGAUCGCGGAGUGGCGCGGGCGGAACCGCGCGGC